AUGGACCCGGAUUACUGCCGCUCCCAUGUGGUGUCGGAAAUGUCUGACAUGUUCAGGUGGGAUCUAGGAAAGGAGACACUCUGGAGUGUGCUGCCAUCAAGGUUUUCGGCAGCGUGCAAGGUGCAGGCGUACGAGUUCCGUGAGCUGAAGGAUGUGGCACUGGAGGCCCUGGAGGAUGCAGUGGUGGAGUUUGCCGACAUCGCUCUCGACUGCGCCAAGGUGACUGGCUCCCGCCAGCCCUCUAUGGAGGACGUCGCCCGCCGCCUGCAGGCACUCCUCUCCAACCAUUGCAGCGAAGGAGAGUGCAACAUUGAACCGAGCAUGCGCUUGUACAAAACCAUGGAGGAGAGCCUAGAGAGGCUCACUGGUGGUGGCAUGGAUGAUUUUGAAAGGAGUGAGAUUUCGAAGGAUGUGUGA